GAGAAAGUCGCCAUUACUGCCUGGCUGUGCUGCUGAGAGGGGAGGGAGCAUACAGAGCCAGGUUUCGGCUUUCAACGCAUACCACACUAACAGCACCAAAAUACACUAAAAUACGGGCUAACCGGGCUUGUAGGACUACAGUGGACUACACCUUCAACUAAAACUGACUUCGGAUUUUGGGGAAGUCGCCAGUGACCACGGAUUGUGGAUUGUGAAAAGAGUUUUGAUUGCCUUUUAAUGUGGGAAUGCUUUCUCCUCUUCUCCGUGGUAUGUGGAUCUGGGAGCGACCAUGUUAUUAGGCAGGUGAUAAAAGGAGCCGUGGGCUGCUCUAUCCCAGCUUGAAUAAGAUCCAGGAUAGAAACAGAGAUAUAUACGGAGAAGAGCAUUCACUGGAACCAGGGAAAAUGAAAAUGAAUGCAUCUCUGUAUCACUGACAAGCAGACCUGGGAUGAUAUCAUGACCUUUUCUUCCUGAGAGUAACUAGUUUAGCAAUGAGUGGGGGGAUAUAAUGGCCAAGAACAAGGAUGCACGCCCCCCAACAUUCGCCGUCAGCGUGGUUGGCCUCUCGGGGACGGAGAAAGAGAAGGGAAAUUGUGGCGUGGGGAAGUCCUGCCUAUGCAACCGAUAUGUGCGUCCAGAUGCAGACAACUACUACUCGGAGCACACCUCAGUGCUCAGCACGAUAGACUUUGGUGGUCGUGUAGUUAACAACGACCACUUCUUGUACUGGGGAGAGGUGUCGCAUCGAGGGGAUGAGGGAUUGGACUAUAAAAUCCAAAUCAUUGAACAAACGGAGUUCAUCGAUGACCAGACGUUUCUUCCGCAUCGGAGUACGAACUUGCAGCCAUACACAAAGCGGGCAGCAGCAACCAAGCUCCAGUCAGCAGAGAAGCUUAUGUACAUCUGCACAGACCAGCUGGGCUUGGAGCAGGACUUUGAUCAGAAGCAAAUGCCUGAUGGGAAGCUAAACAUCGAUGCCUUUGUGUUGUGCAUUGAUGUUAGUAAGGGUUGCAACAGGAAGUUUGAUGACCAAAUGAAAUUUGUCAAUAGCCUUUACUCUCAAAUUGUCAAGUCAAAGAAGCCUAUUGUUGUUGCUGCCACGAAAUGUGAUGAGUGUGUAGAUCAGUACCUGAGGGACCUGCAGGGCUUUGUUGCCAGUAAGAAGAACCUGAUGCUAAUUGAAACGUCAGCACGCUCCAAUGUCAACAUAGAGCUUUGCUUCAACGCCCUAAUCCAGCAGCUGGAUAAAACAAGAGGGAAGCCAAAAACUGUGCCAUACCUGGAGGCCUAUAAAAUCCAACGUCAGCUUGUUGCCUCAGCAACAGAUAGAUUUGAGAAAUUGAUGGUACACUCAGUGAGGGAUUAUCACAUCACUUGGAAAACUGUGAUGAAUAAUCUAAAGGGGCAGUCUGACUAUCAUGAGUUCAUUACCUUGGAGGGCACCAAGAAGGCCCGCAACAUGUUCACAAAGCACAUUGCACAACUGAAACAGGAGCACAUUAAGAGGAGAAGGGAGGAGUACCUGACGACGCUACCGAAAACCCUUAACAACAUCCUCAAUAACCUGGACGAGAUUGAACACCUUUCAUGGCCCGAGGCACAGAGUGUGAUCCGGAACAGGUCUGAUUUCCAGUACUGGUUUGUGAUACUGGAAAAUACACCAUGGGACGAGACGGACCACAUUGAUAACAGUGACCGUAGGAUACCCUUUGACCUUCUUGAUACACCGGACGGUGAGAGAAUUUACCAUAAUCACGUCCAGCACCUUCUGUCUGAGAAGAGGAGGGGGGAAAUGAAAGAGAGGUUCAAGAAGACAUUGGAGAGGGUUCAUUUUAUCACUCCAGGGCAGCCUUGGGAGGAAGUCAUGUGCUUUGUCAUGGAGGAUGAGGCCUACAAGUACAUCACGGAAUCAGAUAGGAGGGAUGUUUACUGUAGGCACCAGCAGGAAAUAGUUGAAAGGGCUAAAGAGGAUUUUCAGGAAAUGCUUUUCGAGCACGCCGAGUUAUUCUAUGACUUGGACCUGAAUGCAACCCCCAGCUGUGACAAGAUGAGUGAAAUUCACAGUGUGCUGAAUGAGGAGCCCAGAUACAGAGCACUGCAGAAACUUGCCCCAGAUAGAGAGUCGCUCCUCCUCAAACACAUUGGGUUUGUUUAUCAUCCCACUAAGGAGACAUGCCUAAGCGGGCAGAACUGUGUGGAUCUGAAAGUGGAGCAAGUUUUAGCAAACAGGCUGGUACAGCUCGACCACGGACGCUCUAAUCUUUACUAUAACAGUGCCAACAUCGAUAAAAUAAACCUCUGCCUCCUGGGAAAGGAGGGUCUCUCACAGGACCUAGCCAAUGAGAUCCGAGCUCAGUCUACAGACGAUGAGUACACUCUAGAUGGUAAAAUCUAUGAACUGGAGCUUCUUCCUGUGGACGUCAACUCCACUUUGCUCUUCAGCCACACAUGGGUCACCACUUUUAAGCCACACGGCUGCUUUUGUGUGUUCAACUCAAUAGAGUCACUUAACUCUAUUGGCGAUUGCAUAGGCAGGAUAAGGGCGGAGAUAGCACAGAGUCGACGAGAUAGAUUUGCUCAGCCACUCCCUUUUAUUCUCAUCCUGGCAAAUCAGAGAGACAGUGUUUGUAAAAACAUACCUAUCUUGAGGCACCAGGGUCAGCAGCUGGCAAACAAAUUGCAGUGCACCUUUGUCGACAUCCCCUCUGGAGCCUUUCCUCGCAAAUUCACUGAGUUCCAAAUUAAGCAGGGUCUCAGAGCAGUGCUGGAGGGGCUAAAGCAUAGCUUUGAGGUCUUGGCCCCACUGCCAUGUAUCAAAGACAUGUCAGAGAUGGACCUUAGAAUAGUCAUGUGCGCCAUGUGCUGGGAUCCCUUCAGCGUUGACCUCAUCCUCUCGCCCUUUCUAGACUCACAUUGCUGUAGCGCUGGACAGCCUGGUCAGAGCAACACACUGAUACUGGAUAAGAUCAUAGGGGACAGCAGGAGGAGGAUCCAGGUCACAGUCCUCUCCUACCACUCUGCCAUUGGUGUUCGUAAAGAUGAACUAGUGCAUGGCUACAUUUUGGUCUACUCUGCCAAACGCAAAGCUUCCAUGGCGACCCUGCGAGCCUUCCUGGCAGAAGUCCAGGAUGUAAUCCCCGUGCAGAUGGUGGCAAUCACAGACAGCCAGGCGGAUUUCUUUGAGAAUGAUGCCAUCAAGGAGUUGAUGACCGAGGGGGAGCACAUUGCCACAGAGAUUGCUGCCAAGUUUACGGCCCUCUACUCGCUGUCCCAGUAUCAUCGGCAGACUGAGGUUUUCACCCCUUUUUUCAAUGAAGUGCUAGAGAAGAAGCCUAACAUUGAGAGCUGCUUCCUGUUUGACAGUUCGUCACGUGAGUGCACCACAGGAGCCAGUGAAGAUGUCUUCCCCACCUCUCCCCAUAGCCACUCCCCAGCUUACAACACUUACUACCCAGAGUCCGACGAUGAUAAUGAGGCCCCCCCACCUUAUAGUCCAAUAGGCGAUGAUGUUCAGCUUCUCCCCACACCCAGUGAGCGGGCUAAAUACAGGAUCGACCUCGAGGGCAAUGAGUACCCAGUCCAUAGCACACCUGUCGGAGACCAUGAACGCAACCACAAAGUGCCUCCACCCGUCCGGCCCAAACCAGUGCUCCCCAGGCCUAAUGUUAAAAAGCUGGACCCCAACCUGCUCAAAACCAUUGAGGCUGGUAUGCGAAGUAAUCGAAGAAUGCCACGUGCCCCAGUGAUGCACACUGAAGAUGUGGAGCCAUCAGACAACUAUGCAGACCCUGUGGACACCCUGCUCAGACCCAGGGGCUUCCACAAUGACGACAUAUAUGCUGUGCCUGAAGAUGCACACAACCGCCUGAUCAAAAUAAAGAACUCUUUUGGUGGGUUACACAUUCUCCACGGAGGAGGAGAGGAAGAGAAUGGGUUUGAUCGGAAAUCCCAGGCUGCAAGGCGGCCAUCAAAAUAUAAAGAUCGCUCAAAAAUCCUUUUCAGCAAGACGAAAGCCUACCAAAGACGAUUCCACUCGGACAGUGAUGGAGAGGAGACUGGCCCGGCCACUCAGAAAAAGAAAAACAGAAGAGCCCAUCGGGGCAGCGAGGAGGACCCGCUGCUCUCUCCCGUCGACCCUUGGAAGGGUGGGAUUGAUAAUCCUGCAAUCACCUCCGACCCAGAGCAGGAGGACAAGAAGCUGAAAAAGAAGAAGACACCCAAGACGCCAAAAGAAUCCAAGAAGCCGAAAUCAUCCAAGCCCCCCAAACCGCUGUACCCACCCACUCGAAGAACUUGGGAGAGCAACUACUUUGGCGUUCCCUUGCAGAACCUAGUAACCCCGGAUCGCCCCAUCCCACUUUUCAUCGAGAAAUGUGUCGACUACAUAGAGCGCACAGGUCUGACGACAGAGGGCCUGUAUCGCGUCAGUGGGAACAAGACAGACCAGGACAACAUUCAGAAACAGUUCGAUCAAGAUCACAGUAUUGACUUUGUGGCGAUGGAUGUGGCGGUGAAUGCCGUUGCUGGAGCGCUGAAGGCUUUCUUUGCUGACCUGCCCGAUCCGCUGAUCCCCUACAGCCUGCACCCAGAGCUGGUGGAGGCCGCAAAAAUCAUGGACUACAUGGAGCGUCUGCAGGCACUGCGGGAGAUUGUCAAAAAGUUUCCUCCCGUCAACUACCAGGUCUUCAAAUACAUCAUCACACACCUCAACAGAGUGAGCCAGCAUAGCAAAACAACCCUGAUGACAGCCGACAAUCUGUCCAUCUGCUUCUGGCCCACGCUCAUGCGGCCCGACUUCGAGAACAAGGACACGCUGUCGACCACCAAGCUGAACCAGGCCGUCAUCGAGUCCUUCAUUGUACAGAGCGACUACUUCUUCCACGGUGGCGAGGUGGCCGAGAGCUCCAGCAGCGAAGGGACACCGCCCCCGCACUGCCACAACAUGGUGGAGGCCCUGCUGCCGCUGCAGCUGCCGCCCCCCCUGCAGCCACAGCAGAUCCAGCACACCCUUCCCCCUGACCCGCUCAUAUAAGAGCCAAAGGAGCAUGCUGGGAAGUGAAGUGGAGGGUGGUUGUUUGCCCGCGCUGCCAGCCGCUUACGGCCGACAAUUGCAGGUCAUCCUCUGCUCUACAAAUAGCUGGCGGGCUCAUAAAAAUGGAAAAUAAAACAACCUUGUCGCUGAUUUUCGGGGGAUUCAUCAGCUGCUGUUUGUCAUCGACUUGGAGGUGAAUGAGCUUUGGGGGUUUAGAGGCGCAUGGACCAUUUGUUGGAUCAAACCUAAUCUGUGAGACCUGCUCAUCCUGUGAGGAAAAUCCUGGAUUAGAGAAUUACAAUCGCACGCCUUCAUGAUACAGAAGCUGAAAACGGCGAAUGAACCGCUUUGAUUUGGCACAUAGUGACAACACUAAUCGUUUCACAGGGUCAGACACAGACUCUUGGGAUCCCAGGACACACUCCUACCUUUAACCCAGACGGAAUAGCACAUUGGGGGCCAGAAGUCCCUAUUAAGCACCGCCCUCCUCAUCCCCGCUCCGAGAUAAGAGAAAAGGGAAGUUGAAUCCCUGCGACUGCAACUCAAAUGUGAAACGAUCUGAUACGGACUGAUUGGCGGACUCAUUAGCUGACUUGACCGGCUACCUGACUAACACACAUGCUGACUGUGAGGAUUUCAGUCUUCCUGCAGGUUUCAGCACAGGAAAACAUUUCUUCUUCUUUUGUUUGACCCCGUUCAUAAGAAGGAAGGAGGGAUCAACAAGACACUAAAGGUCAAACACACUCAUGGGCGCGAGAUGAAGUCAAAGCCUUGUAGAAGAGCUUUUCAGUUUCGGUGAGGUGGGAGAUGGGUGCGCUCUCACUUUUAAAUCCUAAAUGACAAAAAAAAAUAAAGAAAAAAAAAUAAACAAAGAACCCCCUUCCCGCUACAUGAACUUUGACCCUCGUCAAGGACAGCACAUGCACGAUUUGUGUCAAAAGUCCACAUGCCAAUUUCAUGUCUGUUUGCUUAGCUCUUUUUUCUUUCCAUUAUUUCCAUUUUUUUAAAACAAAAAUAUUUUUUGUAACGUCAGAUAUCGACCCAGCUUGUGUGUUUGUGUGUGAUGAUGCUGAUGAUGUGUGUGAUGGUGUAUCUGUGUGAGCUGACCUGUGGUUUGUAUCGCAGCCACUUUGUACCUUCCCAUCAUGGGGAAGGAGGGGAUUCAGAAGGGAAAACGGAACGGAGAAUGUGGACUUGUGGAUUUGUGAUGCUCCAUGUGAGCGAUUCUUCACACUAACUGUUCCUGAGUGUCUCCAUAGAGCCUCAAACUGUUAAUGCACCGCCUCUCAAUCGGAAGGGACGGCAACCCCUCGACGAUGGCACAUGAAUAAGGAAACCACUACGUUGCGAUGCAUUCUGGACCUCUUUGGUUCAAGGAGGCGUCUUCCAUGUUGGGCUUACUUCCUGGAGGAUGCUUUACAUCUUUUCAUUUCCAUUGUUUUUCAUUCUCCCGUUUCUGUUGGUUUGUUGAAAUCAAAAGUUUGCAUGUCUCUGUUUUUGCCACUUCGUGAAAAAAAAAAAGAGCUUUAACGUUAAAAAAAAGAAAGAAAUGAAACUCUAAAUGAGCUCCUGUUCAGAUUUGCAUUGUUUUAUCUGAAUCUCUUUGGGUUAAGGGGAACGUUUCAGAAAACAUUUUCGGGUUUUUUUUGGCAUUUGUUCUUUUUCCGCCAUGCAAGAAAUCAACACUUAAUAUCAUAUUUUUGGUUAUAUAGUUUUCCCUAAAUAGAGGAAAGAAGUAUAUAUAAGUAUAUAUAAAUAUAUAAAAAAAAUAUCAGCAGCAGAAGUUGCUGAUUUAGUGAACUACCACGGGGUACUGGACUAUAAUCUGUCAGAAGCUAUAAUCAUAUUUCUUUGUGGUUUGGGUGGUGUGUGAGUGUGAAUGAGAGAGUGAGCGUGUGUGUUUACACAGGGGAUGGGAGUGGGUUUGAUAACAGAUGGUUAGUUUUGAACUCCUCUUUGACCUGUCCAACACACACACACACACACACAAAUAAAAAUCUCAUUGCUUUCUUCGUCUGCGGCACACUGAGGGAGACGGAGGCACAUAAAUGAAGCCUCUCGUGCUGAACAUAAAGCCCCAUAGAGGAUAUCUAACUCCUUAUUUCUGGUCUUCUGUCCAUCUGGAUCCAAGUUCUCCUGUCUGCUGUGUAAUAAUCAUUUUUAAGCUUUUCCAUGAGCUGAAACGUACAAGUUGGUAACAAUUUGGAAUAAAAUUCUCAUGAAGCGAACAAUUACAUUUUAAAGGUAUAUAUUGCACUUUUUGUAAUUAAAAUAUGCCAAUAAAAUAAUGCUACGUACUACAUAAUAGUUACAGUAUUUAAUAAAUAACUAUUUUUGUAGUCGGGGGGGGACUACUGCUAAAUCUGAAUGCAUCCAUUACUGUUGAUGUGUUAGAAACAAUAAAGAAAAUAGCCACACUUUUAAUCUGCACAUGCCAUGCCAGCAAAAGUCAGAAAUAUAUGUGUGCAGGUCAUUUCAAUUUUUAUAGAAUAUAGUUGUGUCUUAUAAACAGUAAGUGAAUAUUAAUUUGGUUUAUUUGGAAAUUUAAUUGGCACCAAAAACAGCAUCUUUCCAGGUCGUGUCCUAAAUCAGCCCCUAAAAUGCUUCUGUAUUCUGUAAUUAUAAAGUUUAUAUUAAUGGUACUCUCAAUUAGUUUAUCUAUUUAUACACAAUAAUAUGUAAAUAUUUGUUUUGAGUGUGUUUAAAAAGCUAGCCAGAUGUGUUAUUUGUGGUCGCUGUCUGUGAGGAUGACAGAUACAGGUUUAAGGCAGGUUAAACUUUCUGUUAAUGGUGCAGCACGUGGAUUCAGAUGGACAGAAACACAUUUUAGGCAGCAGAAAUAACCUCAGUUUAAAAGCAGCAGCCAAAAACUGUCGGUGAGCUUGACGAGCAGACACAGAGUGAAUGUCGGUGUAGGUACUGAACUGAAAAUGUCUAUUUUUUAAAGGGUUUUACUGUGGUGAACCUGAGACUUCCACUAAAAUGUCCAGCUCACGUGCAGCUGCUGUGCUCCUCAUCAUUUUUAAUUCACUUUUAAUAAACUUUUUCUUUUUUUUUUCCUUUUUGAAGAAUCUUUUAAAAAGUACUUUCAUUUAUAAUUUAACCCACUUUUAUGAACUUCCUCUCUGCACUUUCUGCUGCCUUCUCCAGCGCUACAGCCCAGCAUUAUCCCUCAGUGAAUGUCAGCAUUGAGAGACGAAUCAGUGAUAUAAUGUAGUUUUGUCCUGUUUUGGACGCCCGUCUCCUUCUGUGUCCUCGUUGCACUCUUUUCAGACCUCAUAAUGGCUCACUGCUUUGUAAAGCAAUUCUCAGUUGAGUUUUUUUUUCUUCUUGAAAUUCAGCCUUGUUAUUUUUCAGUCGGUGCUCAAAAAACUGGUCUGUUAGACAUUAAAAAUGUCAUGUUUUUAAUUGUGGACAAUUAUGCAAUUAACUGAACCAACUUAGAUGAUUGGUUUCGCAUAUGACCUUGAGAUAAAACAAGUUUUACUGAGGGGAAAGGAAUGGAGCCAAACGCCUGUCUAACCUCACAUCACAGGUCUGAUUGAGAGGGCACUUUGAAGGAGACCUGCAUCUAUAAUGGGGCAAAUAUUUUCUUCUGAGAUGUGAGUGAUGAGGUUAAAGGUGUGCUAGAGGAAGAAAAUAUUCAGAGCGGAAGCCAAACCCUUACUUUACAGAUUUUAUGAUGUUGGACAGAGGAGGAUUUUGAAGGGCACAUUGAAGCAAGUGAAUAAGUGAAGCUGGGAGAGAGUGUGAGAGUGUUUUUCCUGGGGGGCAGGGCUGAGGGAGGGUGGGGUUCAGCUGCUAGAUGAUAUAAGACUAAGUUGUUCGUCUGUAGUUUUCCAUCAAUCAAUCGACUCUUCUUUUAAUUUACCUUUUUUUUCCCCAAUAAGAUCUGCCUUUAUCCAAUCACACCGGUGUACAAACCAACUGACUUUUAACAUCCGCUGUAUUAUAGUAAAUAAAAAUGAUUUUCAGAAAUGGAAAAACUCUAAAAGAUCUUUUUUUUCUUUGUUUGCUCUCCAUAAUGUUUC